AUGGCGAGCACGCAUCGCACUUCAUCACCUAGCGCGACGCGGCGGGCUCGAGGCGCAAACGCGCCCGCCGGCGGCCGCCGCGGGAAUGCGCAUUGCGUCGGCGCGUCAUUGCAUUCGAGAAGGUCCUUCGAGUGUCAGCGCAACGGCGGGAAUAACGGCGAUAGUGGCGGCGCUUAUGGCGCCACGACGAAUGACGUCAUCAUGAGCUUCAGUCCCUCCACCACCCUCGACUUCCCCACCUCCCCUUCCGCCUUCCCUUCCGCCUCCCCUUCCGCCUUCCCUUCCGCCUCCCCUUCCGCCUUCCCUUCCGCUUCCCCUUCCGCUUUCCCUUCCGCCUCCCCUUCCUCCUCCGUGUGGCCGCACGUGUUCCAGAUUCCUCCGCCGGUUGACUCAAUUCUAUGGCCGUCUGAUGUCGCGCGAUUCAACACAAACGGCGGAGAAUCAAUCCCCGCGUUCCAGUGCGGGUCUUCCGCUGAGGGAGCGGCAGCCGACGUGGCGCUUGGGGAUUGGUCGAACAAGGCAGCAGCGUCAGCGGCGGUUGAAACGGCACCAAAGCCUGCAGCCUCAGUUGAACCUCGGAAAGCAAACGCCUGCGGACACACAAUCCCAGCACCAGAAGAGAGGGAGGUGGAAGUGGGGGAGGUGCAAGUGGGGGAGGUGCAAGUGGGGGAGGUGUUGGGGCGGCCAGUGGAGGACAUUCGGCGGCAGUGGCUUUUGCUGAGGAGGGAGAUCGGCAGGGGGCAGUACGGUGUGAUACGGAGAUGCGUGCACCGCAGCACCGGGGAAAACGCUGCUUGCAAGAGCAUCCGGAAAUCCGCGUUCCAGAGUGCUGCUGACGUGGAGGCAGUGCGGAACGAGGUGGCAUUCAUGGAGGAACUCAAAGGCCAUGCCAACAUCAUUCGGAUCAAGCAGGCCUUGGAGAUGAAUAGGCACGUGCACGUGGUGAUGGAGAUCUGUGAGGGGGGAGACCUGUUUGACCGCAUUGACUCGCACGGAAGGCUCUCAGAACCUUCCGCAGCGCGCAUCUUCCGGUCGCUCAUGCUGGCCUUGCAGCACUGCCACUCGCACGGCAUCGUGCACCGGGUACUACCCUUUUAG